UUGUCUUUCCAUUUCAUGUCAAAAUGUUGAUGUAACAAAAAAAGUGACGAGAAUGUAUUUAGAGCUCGGCACUUUAUAAUCUUAAAUCCCGCAAAUGAUUUACCUCUGGUUCAUUCAGGGGAAAGAAUAGUUUUGGGAUAAACGCAGAAAAUAAGUUUAUAGGUUAACACAGGCUUAGGAGAUCUUAUACGUUUUGUUCUAUGAUAUCAUUAAAUUAAAAUCACCUUCAUGAAUUAUGAAGCGUUUGUUUAAAAUUACAAAUAUGCUUCAAAAUUCACAAAAAGACGCCAUUUAGUAUGGUGCUGCAGCUAGCGACUGGAAUGAGCUGUAAAUCAAGUUUUUAUCUCAAUCUCUUCAUUCAAAGGCUCAAUCAUGGACACUCUUACUGACAGCCGUGGCUGCUUUGUGUGAUGUAUUGUUGUCUCUACCUUCUUUCCCUUUGUGCUGUUUGUGCCCAAUAACGUUUAUACCAUGUUUUGUACUGCUACCAUGCUAUAUUGUUGCUUUAGGUCUCUUUUGUCGUGAUGUGUGUUUUGUCCUAUAUUUAUUUCUAAUCCCAGCCCCCCGUCCCCACAGGGGGCCUAUUGGUAGGCCGUCACUGUAAAUAUUAAUUUGUUUUAGUUAAAUAAAGGUUAAAUAAAAUAAAUAAUAUACUUAUUGCUCUCUCGUUCCAAACUUCGCGAGAUUAGUCGUGCCUUGACGUCAUCAUAAAAUGGCUACUCAAUCAAAGGGAUUAUAAGAACAACACCUGGUAUUUUCAACCAAACAAUAACGCUAUUAUAAAGGGCAGUUUGACCCUGGCGUGAAGCAGUGAUGUCACAGCAGGCCCACAGCGAGCACCUGUUGGAGCAGCUGCGUUGGCAGCGGGAAAGCAACGUUCUGUGUGACAUCACGGUCGUUGUGGGCGACACACUGUUCCGAGCGCACCGUAAUGUCCUGGCGGCAUUCAGCGGGUUCUUCUCGGCACUGCCUGACAGAGGUCACCGGGUCACGACCCUUAACCCUGAGUUUGUCAGUGAGCAGGCCCUGGACACCCUGCUGAAAUACAUCUAUACUGGAGAACUACACACUGACAGUGAGGAGUCUGAGGCCGUGCUGAGAGCAGCAGUGUUCCUGGGGAUGAGGGAGGCGGAGCAUCUCCUGAAAGACAAAACAGACAGCCAACAGAAGACGAGGAUAGAGUCAGCCCCACACACCCCCUCCGCUCCCUCACCCUCCUCCCCUCUCUUACCCCCCAGCCCAGAAGUAAUCGAACCUCUGUCCUGCCUUUCUGGAGUGGGCUCUGUAGAGAAGGAUGAGGAGAGGGAAGGAAUGAGGGGGGAAGAGGAAGAGAGGGAAGAUCCAGAGUACACCCCUCCCUCCCCAAGCCCCCCAACAUCCCCCCGGAGAGGAGCCAGGAAGAGGAAGGGAAGAAAGCCCAAGGCCACACCUAGAAACCAGACCUCACCUGAAAACCAAACCUUGCCAAGUAACCAAACAUCAGCUACCCAUGACGACAUCCCAGAUGACGCAAAAGUCACCCAGCCCCAGAGGGGGAGAGGCAGGGGGAGAGGCAGGGGGAGAGGCAGGGGAAGGGAUCUGUCGUUAGAAGCAUCAGACCCUCAGAUCGUCGAGGAGAACCAGACUGACCUCAGCCCAUCGUCACUGAAACUUGUUAAGAGGAAUAGGAUGAGUAGUGGAGAGAGGAGAGGAGGAAAGAGAGGGAGGGGCAGAGGAAGAGGGAAACUGAAGGAGAACAGAUCGAGCGAUGGAGAGGUGAAUGAGCGAAAUGAUGAUAAGGGAAAGGCUGGGUUGAAGAACCAACAGGUGAAAGUGAAAGAGAAGCCGGUGUGUGCGGAGUGUAACAAUGAGUUCUCUGAGAUCAGUAGUCUGAGGAGACACAUGAGGAUCCAUAAAGGACUGAAACCUUUCCAGUGUCUCUUCUGUUCCCGAGCCUUCACACAGGGAAACCAGCUCAAGAUUCACCUCCGAAUACACACAGGAGAGAAGCCUUUUGCAUGUUCUCAGUGUGACAAGGGUUUUACCCAGAAGUGUCAGUUGGUGGCUCACUGUAGAAUGUACCAUGGAGAAGAGAAGCCUUACACCUGUGAACAAUGUGGGCUGCAGUUCACUACCUCAUCUAACUACAAGAUCCACAGCAGGAAGCACAGUGGAGAGAAGCCGUAUGUGUGUGAACGGUGUGGGAAGGGUUUUGCCCAGGCCAGCACUCUGACCUAUCACAUUAGGGUCCACACAGGAGAGAAACCUUACCAAUGUGACACCUGUGGGGUGGCCUUCUCCGUCUCUUCUUCUCUCAUCACACACAAACGCAAACACACAGGUGAAGCGCCACACGAAUGUCUGGUGUGUCAGAGGGCCUUCAUUACCAAACGAGAACUCAACAAACACUCUCGCACCCACACCGGUGGAGAUCCAGCUGUUAAGCAGCGUGUGACAUGUGAGCUGUGUGGAAACACCUACGCUGGCAUGAGCAGCCUGAAGAAACACCAAGAGAGACAACACUUAGUGGAUGUUCCAGAAGUUGCUCUCCACCACAACAUUCCUAUUGAUCACCAGGGAAUGAUCUCCCGUGAUGCGCCCAGCCCUGUGCCUGAGGAACCAGACAACACAGACCCCGAGGAGCCAGACAACCUUGAGCCCGAGACACCUAACUUGAGCCCUAACCCUCUCUGUGUUCUAGUGGAGCAGCUGCAUACAUCUUCCCUCUCCUUCUCUUCCCCAGUCUCCCCCGCCGAAAAUAUAGAGCAGAUCAUCAUCAUUAGAACAUUGGACAACGACCUCUGCCCUGACCCCUAACCCAGAACCUAACGUUACUCUUUCAGGCCUGGAGUCAGCCCGCCGAUUCAACUGGAUCACAUAUGAUUCAGCUGUAGUCAGAUAUAGAACUGUGUGAAUAGUGACGAUGUUGAUAUGUCAUGUAAUUAUCUCCAUCUCCGAUCUAAAAGUAUUUUAUUUUUCUGGUGUGUUUUUAAUUGCUGUUUAUAGUUAAGUGAGAUAGUCACUGAGGACCUACCCCACAGAAGAGCCAGGCUCACCGUAUGCUGGCUUGCAUUCCUCUGAUGGUUCUCUCUUCAUUGUUCUGGUUUUAAACCCACGUCUCAGUAACAUGGGGCUUAUGUAUAAGCUAGAGGUUAUGUUGAGAUAGGAUGGAUAUUUAUGAAAAGUCUACAUUUUUUUCUUCUUCAAAUAAACAGCUUUAUUUUUUAUUCUGAGGAAUAAAUAUCUGAAAUCUC